AUGGGUAAAAGAAAGAAGUCUUCCAGAGGUCCAGUCAAAAGAGUUGUCCAGAAGUUAGAUGCGACGUUCAACUGUUUGUUUUGCAACCACGAAAGAUCUGUUACAUGUCUAUUGGAUAAGAAGAAUAGCAUAGGUUCACUCUCUUGCAAGGUAUGCGGACAGACGUUUCAGACUCACAUCAAUGCACUUUCGCAGCCGGUGGAUGUUUAUAGUGACUGGUUUGAUGCAGUAGAGGAGGUCAACGCCGGUAAAGUUAGUGAUUCAGAGGGUGAUAGUGACUCUGCCAGCGACUACGAGAGUGAUUCCGAUGCGGAAGUGGCGAACAAAAGAAGUGGACAGGUGGAUUCAGAUGAAGAGGAACUCUCGGACGAGGAAGAGGCCGUUGGUAACUCAAAACGCGGCCGUGGCAAAAUUGUGGACUCUGAAGACGAUGAUGAAGACGAUGACGAUGACGACGAAUAA